AUGGAUUGUACCCCGACUCCAAUCUCUACCAUAUUCUCAACCUCUACCUCUCUCAUACCUAGUACCAUCACAUCCUCUUCCGCUGUGCUAGUCACCCCUUCAGGCAGUAAAUCAACAUGGGUAGUCACUUCUUGUUCCACCCCUCCAUCAGCUUCACAACCUACCGACUCUACCACCUCUGCUGUAUCGCCCUCCAGCACCGAUUCGCUGAGUAUCAGCACCAGUACCACCUUUAGUGAUAGUAGUACUAGUAGUGACGAUGUGAUAAGUUUCGGUAUGACAUCAAUGACUACCGCCGAUGGCGGAACUUUGACUACCACCGCUGUAGACUCGCCAACCUCGCCAGUAGGUCAAUUGCAAGAGGAGACUACUCUAGCAGUACUUGAUGGGCAGACGUUAUCCUCCGACGAGAGCCAAUCGCUACUCCUGAACUCUCAUCAGCGGGGAAUAAAAGGGAGAAGAGUGCAUGUACAGAUGAUGGAAAAAAGACAGGACAAUUGUCAGACUAUCACUUCUACCUCUACGAUAGCUGCUACACCUACCACAUCGUGGUCUUUGAUUUUCAGCACAACGGAAUCGACUAGUCUGGUAGAGGUACCGGUAGAAACUGUCAUGGGUGGAUGUGAUGGUACGACUACUACAGCUUCCUCCACUGAGCCAGUGUCCACCACCUCAGAUUCUCUGGCUUCGUCAUCCACCACACCAGCUGUACCAGUCAGUACUUCAGGCCCAACGCAGACAAGUGGUAGCACCAUGACGACAUCAUUGGAAGAACCAAGUACGUCAAUUAUGCCGAGUUCUUCGAUUCCAGUCUCACAACCACCCACGUUUACACCUGCAUACACCUCAUCGCCCGUACAAGACCUCGAGACCCUUUCAUCUUCUUCGUCAACCUCGCUCGAUCCAUUAUUAUCGGCUGUAUUUACUGGACCUUCACUGACAACUGAAUCAGGCCAAGCAUCGACUACCGAUCUAUUGGCACCGAUCACGUCCGAUGCGAUACCUACUGCACAACCUACAGAAAUUGACUCCGCAAACACAGAAUUCCCUUUGUCGUCAGACACACCCAUUACUCCAGAUGAAGAGGCUCCUACAUCAACUGAAGCAGAAGCAGAGAUUAUGUCAUCUACCAAAGCUGUUAUACCGGGAGUGGCGGGUAUUCAAGCCUCUCCUUCUUCGUCCUCGAGAUUGGUGACUAAUACACUGGCAUCUCAAAACUCUAAACCUACCUUGAACCACCAUUCGUCCACAUCUUCCACAGGCGGUGAAGAAGCUGAGGGAGAAUCUUCAGGUUCUAACAAGGGUACAGCGGCUGGUGCUGCUAUAGGCGGAAUAUUCGCUUUGAUAGCUCUCAUAGCCGCGAUUUUGUUCUUUGUAAGGUUCUGGAAGAAGAGACAGAGAGCCGAGAGAACUGCUUCUUUGAGGGCUAGUUGGUUCUAUGGCGAGAAGAUAUUGAAUCACAAUGACGGGAGUGAGAAUGAGAAACGUCGUUCGACAACAGCACCCUCGACCGAACCAUCCGCUCGACCGUCCAUCCAGCCAAUCAGUCGAUUCUCCGCGCCGUCAUUCGCAUCUCGAUCCGAAGGUCUCGGUGCCCUUCUUGCUCGUCCAUUGAAAAAUCUCCGUCGGGACUCAUCUCCACUUAUGAAACCUCUCAAAUUAGUAUCUGGAGACCCCAAUGAAGAAGCUCGACGAAAUGAAGAUAAUAAUUUAUGGGACAAAAUCGCUUACCCAUUCAAAGCUAUCCCGUUGCCUUCCACAGAAGGUAUAUCGGAGAGGCUGAGGAAUAUACCAGGAUUCAAACCACGUCAAUCGUUUACUGUCAAAUCAAGAAACAUCUCGUCGCCUCAACCGAUCGAUUCCGAACUUGCGAGUGGCACAAAUAACGGUAUAUUUGAAUCCUCCAAACUCUUACCUAUUCUUUCCAAAUUUCGUUCGAUCAGGCAAUCUUUCAAGAGGUCUUCUAUCCUAUCUAACAACUUGAAAUAUGUUAGACAAUCUCAAGCAAGAGGUACCCCAGCUUGGGCAGACAAACAUCCAAAUGAAAAGCCCAUCCCGGUCGUGGUUGGAGAAGCAUGGGAUGAAAGACAUUCUGAAUCUGAGCAUCCUCAUCCAGUCAAAGUCAAUUUUAUGCAACCUCCUCCACCAUCCGCAACUGGAUCAUCGUCUAGACACGGUUCGAUGAAUUCCGAUAGUCCUUAUCCAACUAUUGUCCCUGGGAAUUCUCAUCAGAAUCAUGGGAUCGGAACUGCAUUUAGUUCAGGUAUGGACAUGGACAUGGAAUAUAACAAAACUACACAUGUACAAUUACGACACCUGACCUGGGGAUCAUCCUAUGCACCUCCACGAACUUCUGUACUAAGUGCAAAUGGAAUGAUGAUCCAUGGUGCUAUGGAGCCUUCAGAAGAUGGAAAUUCAAUUUAUUCACGAACCUCAAUGUCACACGGUCAUGGAUCCAACAAUUUACAUAGGAGUGGAACGAUGAAAUCGAAUUUUAGUGAUUCUAACACAUCAAACUUCAUGAUUCCACCUAGAUCGUCCAUAAGUCAUAAUUCCGGAAAUAGAGGAAAUGUACCUUCACCACCACCCAUUGGGAUGGGACCUUUUCCAAGAGCUUUGUUCAGUCCUUUAUCAGCCGGAUCAAAUGGUUCGAGAGGUUCGUUUGGCGUGCUGCCACCCUUACCUGAAAAUGGUAUUGACACGGAUAAACAUAUGAAAGAUCUCAGGAGAAUAACAAGAUCUACUCAACAUUCGUCGGGUAUAUGGGAAUAUUCAGCAUACGUCGAUACGGGUUCAAACGCAAAUUCACAGCGUGGUAGUGGCAGUAAUAGCAACGGAAAACCUGAAACUUCAGGUCACGUUCAAGGUGAGAGGAGAACAAGUAAUGGACAAUCUUCAUUGACCAGCACUGGACCGAUGGGAAUAUUGAAAUCUACAUCAUCUUAUUCACCAUUGCCACCAACGAUGAUUUAUCCAAGUUCGAAUUGGAAUUCACCCAUUCCCAUAUACGCACCUACUUCUGCACCUGGACCUGGCGAUAUACCAUAUACAGUUCCUUCACCUAAGCGAAUUAGUUACGGUGGAUCAAUGUUAAAACACUCCAGUUUACCUCCUUCUUCCCCUCAUGGUAUUGACCACUCAUCAUUACCUCUACCUCUACCAUCACAUGGUCAAACACAUGUCCAAAAAAGUUAUACAUCCCCUAUACCUAGUAUACUAGCGCCCAAAUCGGUCGAAGAGGGAGACAGAAUUACUAAAGCAUGGUAUGAAAAACCACUAUGGGAUAAUACACAACAAUCCCAGCAAAACCAGGUAGCCAAUCCAACUUCGAUACUAUUACCUCCUAGAUCUGCGGGACCACCACCAGGUUCAGGACCAGAUUAUACGUAUAUGUAUUCCCAGAAAAGUGGGAAUAGCGUAUAUAGUAAAGGUGAUAGGGCAAGUAGGAAGUCGGUGAAAAGUGUUAAGAGCGUGAGGUGGGAAGAUGAAGACGGAAAUAUUGAUGAAGUUGGUGGACGAGCUCUAUGA